ACCGUAGAAGAAGACGAAGAGCUGCACGUGUUGUUUUGGUGAACGUCCUCGAGCUGUGAGUUUUUUUCCCUACUGAGGUGGUUUAAAUCCGUGUUUCAAUCUGAAAUAAAACCCGAGCGCCGAACAUGGGGAAGAAACUCAAAACAGGAAAAACCAGGAAGGAUAAAUUCUACCACCUCGCCAAAGAAACAGGUUAUCGCUCUCGGUCGUCUUUCAAACUCAUUCAGCUCAAUCGUAAGUUCCAGUUCCUGCAGAAGGCCAGAGCUCUGAUCGACCUGUGCGCUGCUCCCGGCGGAUGGUUGCAGGUGGCUUCUAAGUUCAUGCCUGUUUCCAGUCUUAUCAUUGGUGUUGAUCUUGUCCCCAUUAAACCCAUCCCCAAUGUGGUGGCACUGCAGGAGGACAUCACUACUGACAAAUGCAGACAGGCUCUCAAGAAAGAGCUUCAAACCUGGAAAGUUGAUGUCGUGUUAAAUGAUGGAGCCCCGAAUGUGGGCGCAAACUGGCAACAUGAUGCUUUCUCACAAGCUCAUCUGACCCUCAUGGCUCUGAAGCUGGCCUGUGAGUUUCUGAACAAAGGAGGCACUUUUGUCACAAAGGUUUUCCGCUCCAAAGACUACCAGCCGCUGCUCUGGAUCUUCCAGCAGUUCUUCAAGAAGGUUCAAGCCACCAAGCCACAGGCAUCCAGGAACGAGUCUGCUGAGAUUUUUGUCAUCUGUCAGGGAUUUGUUGCUCCAGACAAAAUUGACAGUAAAUUCUUUGAUCCAAAACAUGCGUUCAAAGAAGUGGACGUGCAGGCCAAGACUGUGAAGGAUCUGAUUCCCGUCAAGAAACCAAAGGCGGAGGGAUACACAGACGGUGAUCUGACCCUUUACCACAGUUUUACAGUAACGGCUUUUCUGAAAGCUGAAAACCCUGUUGAUUUCCUCGGAAAAGCCAGCGAGAUUACCUUCGAUAAUCCAGACCUGGAGUCUCACCCGAACACCAGUGAUGAAAUCAAGGAGUGUUGUCGAGACAUCAAAGUCCUGGGACGCAAAGAGCUGCGGCUUCUGCUUAACUGGAGGACCAAGCUGAGGAGAUAUUUGGCCAAGAAGUUAAAGGAGGAAGCCAAACAGCUUGACCAGGAAAUCAGCUUAUCGUCUGAUGAAGAAAUGGGUGAUUCAGAGGAUGAAUCAGAUAAGAAAAGAGGAAAAAAAGAUUCUGAAAAUGAGGAGGAAGAAGAUGAAGUGGAGAAAAAACUGGCUGAACUGAAAGCUGCAGAGGUGGCUGAGCUCAAACGGAAAAAGAGGAAAAUUCUUAAAGAGCAGAGGAAGCAGAGAGAAAGAGUCGAGCUGAAGAUGGACCUACCAGGAGUCUCCAUCGCAAACACUGAGGACACGUGUUUAUUUUCUCUGUGCACCGUCAAAAAGCAAAAGGUAUUGACUGAUUUGUCCAAAGGAGACAUGAAGGUAGCAGACACCCUGGUAGACGGAGAGGAUGACCUUCACCUCUCUGAGGAAGAGGAUGAUGAAGCAGAUGAAAUGUCCCUGGCCUCCGAUUUAGAUGAGGAUGACUUGAAUGAAGUGAAACAGAGAGAAGAAGAACUGAACAAGAAAAUACCAAAGAAAAAAGUCAAGUUUGCCGAGGCUGAGGGGGAUGACGAAGGGCAGGACAGUGGCUUGCUGGUGGAACUUGAAGGAAAAGAUGAGAAGGAGGAGCGAGAGACCAACCUGUGGUUCAGCAAGGGCAUCUUUUCUGAGAUUGACUUGGAGGGAGAUGCAGAGAAUGAGCUGAAACAGACUGAGCUGCUUCAGAGCAAAAAAUCAGGCAAAAAGAGAAAAGCUGCGGAGGAAGAGGAGGAGGAAGAAGAGGAGGUUAUGAAGCCAAAAGCAGCUGCUCCUGCCCCAGUAGAGGAAGAAAAGGCGGGACCGUCCCAGAAAGCUGUGGAAGAGAGUGACAGCGACUCAGAUGACAGCAGCGAUGACGAACAAGAAAUUACCAAAAUGAAGAAGGCAAAGGGGGCUGGUUUGCUAUCAGGAGAGACUGAUAAUGACAACUUCCAGGUUGUGCCAGUUGAAAGCACAAGUAAGAAAGCCAGGAUUCUAAAUGCAGAGGGCUUGGCACUUGGAGCAAUGAUUGCAACUUCCAAGAAAAGAGCUCGAGACCUGGUGGACAGCUCCUUUCACAGGUUUGCUAGCUCCGAUGAGCCGUGGGAGGUGCCUGAAUGGUUCCUCAAUGAUGAACGUAAACACCGAAGGAAGUCAGUGCCUGUCACUAAAGAGAUGGUGGAGGAGUACAAGCAAAAAUGGAGAGAGAUUGAUGCCCGGCCCAUCAAACGCGUUGCUGAGGCCAAGGCCAGAAAGAAGAGAAAGAUGCUUAAGAAGAUGGAGCAAGCCAAGAAGAAAGCAGAGGCAGUUGUCAACACAGUGGACAUUUCUGAGAGGGAGAAGAUGGCCCAGCUCAAGAGCAUUUACAAAAAAGCGGGCCUGGGUAAAGAAAAAAGAGAAGUCACAUAUGUUGUGACCAAAAAAGGAGCUGGCAAGAAGGUAAGGCGCCCUGCUGGAGUCAAGGGAGUCUUCAAAGUCGUGGACAGUCGCAUGAAGAAGGACAUGCGAGGACUGCAGAAGAAAGAGCAACGUGCUAAAGGGGGAAAAGGAAAAGGGAAGGGAAGACAAUCUAAGGGUGGCAAAGGGGGAGUGAAGGGCGGCAAAGGGCGAAAAGGAAAAUAAAUUGCUACAUUUUCAAAGUCCUGUCUGACUAAUUUUUGACUUUCCUGUCCUCAUGUUGCAGACAAGUGCUUUUUGGCUCUUAAUAAACUGAGGUGCUUUGGUUAUAACUAAUUUUCACAUGGAUUAUUAACUGUUGUCUCUGACACAAUUCCCUGUUUUCAUCACCUUGGCUGUAGUUUUGCAAAACUACAGUGUCCUUUGUUCAGAGGCUUUUCAUGAUGUGUGAUGUUUGGUUCAUGUCUUCCUGAAGACAGAAAAUUCAGAAAAACGGAUCACUUUCAUUUGAUCUGUAAAUGAUAUUCAAGUUUUUGUUCAGUCAUGUAAAUAUAUGCCUUUUAAUAAAUGUCUUAAG